AUGACUACAACACCAAUUCACUCGACAGGCCGCGGAGGUGCCGGCAACAUUGGCCCUGACACCAACGUCUACACUGACGGAGGCCUCGUUCGCGAAGGCGUCCAAGGCGAGUCUCUCGAUGGCGAUUUCUCCACUGGCCGUGGGGGGGCUGGCAACAUUGGAAAGUCGCCUCGCGUAGGGCCGCAGUCUGACGAAGGCCGUCGCUCGGUAGACAUGGUCCCCGAGAUCAACCAGCGCAACGCGCAGGACGAGUUCCACACUGGCCGAGGUGGCGCCGGAAACGUCUACAAGGAGAAGCACGGCGGCCACAGCUCCUCACCCGACCGCAAGGGUUUGGGCGAGAAGGUCAAAGAAGUGCUCCAUUUGGACAAGAAGAAGGAACAUGAGCCUUCUCCUCUAGCCCAGAACACGACUACGAACUAG